AUGAAGUGGCUACUUGCUGUCCUAGCCAUCAGCAUCCUGAAUGCAUACAUCGCAGAGGAGAAUCCCAAGCUUCUUCAAAAUCUGAGGUUCCACUCGAACAAUUUUGAAAACAUCUUGAAAUGGGACAGCGUCCAGGGAAGCCCUGCAGACACAGUCUACAGUGUGCAGUAUAAAAGGUAUGGAGAUCCAAAAUGGAAACCCAAGGACGAGUGUCAGAACAUUACUCAGACAUCAUGCAACCUGACCUUUGAGACGAGAGACACUGAGGAGCAGUACUUUGCCAAGGUGAUGGCCUCCAGCCAAAGCCACGGAGACCUCGUGGAGUGGAGGCAGACAACGAGGUUCAGUGCCUGCCGAGACACACUCAUUAAGCCGCCCCUGGUGACCUGCAACCCCAGCGUCCGGUCUGUAAAGCUCAUUGUGCAUCCCUCCCCCACCGCCCUCUGGACCAGCAGUGGCCACCAACAGACUCUCGAAGAGAUAUUCCCAGAACUGUUCUAUCGCCUUCAGCUGCACAUCAACCAAACUUACCAAAUGCACUUUGAAGGGAAUAAGAAAGAAUAUGAAUUCUUUGGCUUGGCUCCAGACACAGAGUACCAGGGGGUCACCAUCAUCGUUAUCCCCACCCCUUUCAAGGAGAGUACCUCCUACACCUGCAGAGUGAGGACACUGGCAGAUCGGACAUGGUUGUAUUCCUUCUCAGGGGUGUCCUUGUUCACCAUGGGCUUCCUCGUGGCUGUGCUUUGUUACCUGAGCUACCGAUAUGUCAAGAAGCCUCCCAAGCAGCCCAACUCACUGGAUGUCCAGAGAGUGCUGACCUUUCAGCCGCUGAGAUUCAUCCAGGAGCAUAUCUUGAUCCCGGCCAUCGACUUCAGCAGUUCUGGGGGCCUGGUUCCCCCGAUCCAAUACUCCCAGGUGAAGAUACCUGGGGCCAGGGAGGCCUUGGGAGCUUCACUGCCACCUGGCCUGUCUGAUAUCACCUACCUUGGACAGAGCGAGAUACCCAUCCCUGUUCUCCUGGCCCACCAGGCACUUCCCCCACCAUCCUAUGCCCCUCAGUCAGUCCCAGAGGUGGGACCCCCUUCUUAUGCCCCACAAGUGGCUCCUGAGACAGAGCCCCCAUCCUAUGCCCCUCAGGCCCUCCCUGAUCCAUGGCCCCCAUCUUAUGGGGCCUGCAUGGAGGACUCAGGGGGAGAGAGGUCCCCACAGCAGGAGUUGGACCCCAGAUGCUUCAAUGGGACCAUGGGCCAACCUCAGCCCAAGAAGAGCCCAGCUGGGCCCCUGUUGCCAAAUUCCCAGACAGAACUCCAGAUUUCCAGAGAAGAGUUCUUCCAUCGGCCCCCAGGACUCCAGACAGAGCGGCCACCCAGCCCGGCUCUGCCCCUGGUUCACCCAACUGAUUCACUGGAGUCAAUAGCUCCAGGAUACUUAAGCAACCAGACCUCGUUACUUUCCUCUGUCCAGGUGGAAGACCACCCCUUUCCCCUCCCCUCCUCUAUGACUUCCCUCCUAUUUCAGCCCAGGGUGCAGAUUCAGGGAGCCUGGGACCUGCUAGAUUCUGUAGUGUGUCCCAAGGAUGAGCUUCUUCCUCCGGGACCUGAGGAGGACUGCCCAGAACAAUCUACAGAGCUUGAUUUGUUCUUCAGAGACUUGGACCUCACAGUACAGUGGGAACCCUGA